AAUUUCAAUUACUUUAUUUCUGUUUUUUUUGUUAUAAUUAACAAUGACCGAAAAAAAUCAAAGUAUAUGUUUAACAUUACCGAAUAAUAUAACAAAAGAAAUUAGUACACAUGAAAAUAAUGAACAAUAUAUCAUAAAUUUUCUACAAAAUGCAUUACCUUCUUCUGAUAUGGGUUCAAUAGCAGAUGAAUUAAGAAAAUCACUGAUACUUGCAAAACAUAGAAGUAAAUGGGACAAGAAAAAAAAAUGCAAAGGAAAAUUAUUAACUAAUAGAAAACGAAUGCAACUUGGUUUACGUAAAAUUAGUUACAAUAGUGAUAUGAAAUAUAUAGAUUUAUUACUUAAUAAAUUAUGGUUAAAUUACAUACAACAAGUACUUGGUAUUAAGUUUUUUACCAACAUUCCAAGAGAUCCAACUGAUCCAAAUUGGGAAAAUAUUAAUCAACAAUUAGUUAAAGUAGAUUUUCAUGGUGCUGAAAUUUCUAUUGUUGGAUCAAAAUGUCCUAGUUUGGUUGGAUUAAAAGGCAUAAUAAUUCAAGAUACAAAAAAUACCUUCAAAAUUUGUGGAACAGAUAAUAUUAUACGAACAAUACCCAAAGAUGUUAUUAUCAUGAAUAUUUAUUUAAAGGAAGUAAAAUUAGAAUUCUUUGGAAAAGAUCUUUCUAUACGACCUACUGAACGAACAAUAAAAAAGUUUAAAUGUGGACGUAUAUAUGAAUUAUAAUAAAGUCUGCUAUAAAUUUUAUUCAAAAUAUUAUUUAAAAUUUGUAAAAUAAACUUUUCAUUUAAUAUUUAUAAAUUAA